UCGGAUACAUGUACAAUGUUCAGUCUGUAGCUGCUGAAUGAAGUUCGUGUUUAGUUCAACGACUGACUGAACGACUCCAUCACUAACAGGUUGUUUAAGAUAGUGAUCGACAUGCCCGUCCACCGAGAAAACCUCCGACCGAGACUCUGCGUCCUGGAAAAAGGAGACAACGGCUACGGCUUCCACCUGCACGGAGAGAAGGGUAAAACAGGUCAGUUUAUCCGCCUGGUUGAGCCGGACUCGCCGGCUGAAGGUUCGGGACUCCGCGCUGGGGACAGACUGGUGUUCGUUAAUGAUGAUAAUGUAGAGAGUGAGAGUCACCAGCAGGUCGUGUCUCGAAUACGAGCGACUUCAGGCAAACUGCAAAUGAUAGUCAUCGAUCCCGAAACCGACCAGCUGCUCAAAAAACAUCAUUUAAAGUGUCUGAAGGAGUAUGUGACGGAUGAAAUCCCUGUACCGGAAUGUGAGCUGGAAAACGGACAAGUAGAGAUAAACGGGAACGGUGAGGAGAAGUCGGCGAGAAACGGAGAGAAGAACCACAGUCCUGUAGAGAAGAAAAUCAGCUCUGAUAGUUCAGAGAAGGAGUUUAAAAAUGAACUGAGACCACGACUGUGUGUGAUUCGAAAAGAUUCCCAUGGCUUUGGCUUCAACCUGCACACCACGAAAUCCAAACCAGGCCAGUACAUCAGAGCUAUUGAUGAGGACUCCCCAGCAGAAAGAGCCGGUUUACAACCCAAAGACCGGAUAAUACAGGUAAAUGGAGUGCCAGUGGAAGGAAUGUUGCAUGCUGAUGUGGUGGCUACCAUUAAGGCUGGAGGUGACUCAGCAGUUCUGCUGGUGGUGGAUCCUGACACAGACUCGUUUUUUGAGAGGUGCAAGGUCGCCCCCGCACCACAGCACAUGACAGGACCCCUGCCUGAGCCAGAUGACAACUGGGAAAUGGAGGACAAGUUUAACAAGAAAGCUGACAAAUACGACAACCACAAGGCGUCCAACAUGUCAGUGAGCCCAUCACCAUCAAAUGUUUCAUCUAACGCAUCACUCUUAGCCCUGUCAACCGAGACGCUGCCCACUGAGGCUGCUGAACCAUCUAUCAUGAACGCCAUUCCUGCCCUGAACCUUUCACUCCAGCAAGUGAAAGAACAAGCACACCAGAAACGCUCCAAUAAGAGGGCCCCACCCAUGGACUGGAACAAGAAAUAUGAGCUGUUCAGUAACCUAUAAUCCUAUUCACUUUGCUUAUAUAAGGAACACUAUAUGUCCAAAAGUAUGUGGACACUCCUCCUAAUUAUUGACUUAAGCUGUUUUACAUAUGAAUUAUGUAAAUGUAUUAAUUAUGUAAAUCGUUUGCCUCCAAUCAUGUGGUAAGUGUUAAGGAAGGCCUUUUCCUGUUCCAGCAUGACUGUGCCACUGUGCAUUUCAUGGGUUUGGUGUAAAGAAACUACAAUGACCUGCAUAAUUGCCCGGGAACAGACCUGACCUGGCCUGACCUUACAAUUACAACUAAUGGGCUUAUAUUGAGGGUUAAGGCACCCUUAUAUUAUUUGCCCAUGGGUUUUAGAACGUGAUGUCCAAAAUGUCACAUACUUUUGGUCAGAUAGCUUUAAUGCCACUUAAAGUCAGAAAAAAGGACUUUCACAUCCUUGUCUGUUAAAUGAUGUUCCAAAAAGAGAUUGUUUAAAGACUUGAUGGAUUUAUAAAUAAAAUAUUUUACACAGAUAUAUUUUAAAAAUGUAAAGAAUUACUAACAUAAAUUAGUAUGUUUAGAAAUAUGUAACAAUAGUAACACAGAGCUCAUGUAUCACACUAAAUCACUGAAUCCUAAAUACAUGGGAGCUGAUUUUUUUGUCCUUGUUUAAACAUCUGAGAAGAUUUGGUUAUGCAGACAUUUCUAGGCUGUAUUUGUAUUGUUGGGUCUUUGGGAAAAUAAUUUUAAUAUCUUUUAACUAUUAUUAUGAAAUCAACAUUUUUUUAAAUCAGUUCUUUGCCUAAAUGACUCAAAGCUUGUCAAUCAACAUUUCUCAUAGUUAUUAAAGUUAAUCCGUUACAGAAAAACUGCAGGUAUGGUGGUAUUUUCUGGAUUGUAUAUUGUCUCAUGGCAUAAUUAUGUAAUAACGUAUGUAAUAGAUAUUCUCAUUUGUUUUAACACACAGAUUGUGUCUUUUCCUAUUCUUAUAAUUUAACUCAUAUUAUGUAUGAUGAUGUCAUGUAUUACUUAUGUCAAACCACUCUAUUUUGUCAUUCUAUACAUGGAUGCAAAUAUGUGAAAUAUUUCUAAAUGCAAAUAAAUGAGUACAUUAAAAAUACAGAGCUCUUAUUUGUAAUGCUGAAAAGUUUUUGUUUUCUGUUCUAUUAAAAAAGUCAUUAACAUA